AUGAGCUGGUUAAUAUUAUUUACUGUAAAUGAUACAAAAGCUGCAGUAGCUAUGUGUGUUCGAUUUCUGGCACAAAAGUACCACUUCUUCAAUGGUUCUCAAUGUGUUACUCUUAAAAAUUCUGAUCCGCAAGCGAGUAAGAUAUAUCAUAAAAAUUUUAAUCAAGAAUCAGAGACUGUACACAAAUUAUAUAAACAAUCGUAUAAUGGCUGUUAUAAAGGUUGUGUAAUGGCGACAAGAGACAAAAUUUACAAAUUAAUGCCAGGAUCAGAUGUUGCGUAUGCAUGUUUGAAUUUCCGGUUAAGUUAUGCCAGAGACUGCGUGAAUCAAACCUUUCUGCUUAGCGUUCUGCUUCUGAGCGGCUAUUGCAUUGUUUGUGUAAAGACAUCUUCAUCAGCACUCGAAUUUACUUAUUGUGAUUAUUUUAGAGCUUACGACAAAAGUAAUCAGCAGGAACAUACUGCAUCUUAUCAUACAAGGAAUAGUGAGGAGUUGAAAAGCAUUAUGAAGGAUUUUUCCAUAACACGGUUGUUGAUUAUCGCAUACAGAGAUUGUAAUAGCACAAUUAUAAGCACAUUACGUUCCAACUUGAAGAAAAGUAAGCUGAAAUGUACCUGUAAUUCAAUGUAUAAGGAUCAAGUACUAAGUAAUUUACCACAGCUUCUUGAAGGAACUGAGAUAGUGUUGCUUCUAUUAUCUGCACUGGAUGCUAAUGUAGUAUUAGAGAGAAUGUUGCACUAUGAAAUAAAAGAAGUUUUAAUUCUUACAACAGGCAUACCAGUACAGGUCCUUAGAGGAAUGGAAAUGAUGUACAGCAAAUUUAACUUGAUUAAUCUUCCAAACAGCGAGGAUAAUGAUAUAGUAUUAGAUACCGAAAAUGGUGCAGAGUUUCUACAGGAAUCUGACUUAAAUAAUAUAUUUGAAAUCUUACCAAUGUUCAAUACAACCUACGACGGAAAGAAAAGUUCUUACUCACGAAUACCACUUCUGAAAGAGACGUGGAGGGUUGCAAGCAUUCAGUAUGCUCCGUAUUGCAUUGUGCUGCCAUUUCAGCCAGUGAAUGACAUUUGCGUAGUUGGUGUACCAUGUCUUGUUCCUGACACACCUGAAAAUGAUACAAAAUGGAAUGAUGCUUGCUGCUCCGGUAUGGCAGUGGAUCUACUAAAGUUAAUUUCUAAUGAAUGGAAGGUUAAGUUUGAACUUUAUAUAGCAGAGGAUGGAUUAUUUGGAGGCUUCAAUAAUGGCACAUGGGAUGGAAUUAUCAAUAAGGUUUAUUCUGACAACGCAGAUAUUGGCAUACAAGGAAUUACACCAACUGCUGAAAGAAGUAAGGUUGUUGAUUUUUCAGAAAGCUUUCAAUACACUUAUAUUUCCAUAAUCCGGCGAACUACACUGGAAAAGUUAUCGUUCAUCAACUAUGAGUUUUUAGAACCUCUGGAUAAUAUUCUACUCGUGGUGAUAAUUAUUUCCAGCAUACUACUUCACAUUAUGUUGUUUUUAUUUGAGAAUGUUAGUGUCCGUCUUUUAAAGACAGGAGAACGUUUUGCAUGGAGAGACGUGUUCUCAUAUACAACAGGUUUAAUAUUCCAACGCGAUAUUGGAGGACGAAAUCCCGUUAGCAGCCAUGGAAGGCUAUCAGCGUUGUCUUUUGCUGUCUGCAUGACUGUCAUAAUGUCAACGUACACCGCAAAAUUAACGGCAAAUGGAAUCAAUAACCAGGAAACGGACGACUUUUUGGGAAUAAUCGAUCCAAAGGUUGGUUCAUAUCCUGUUGGCGAGUCUUCACUUUCAAUCUUAAAACCAACCGCAGCGUUCACGUUCGGAACAGUGAAAAGCACAAGUUUAGAAAGCUUCUUUCAACAUCACUCUUCAAAUAGGUUUCGGAGGGUCUAUCACUUCAUGAAACCGUAUUCUGUCAGCAGUGAAGAAGAAGGUGUGAAAGCUGUACUAUCAGGAAAACUUGAUGCAUUUAUCACAGAAAGUGCACUUGUUUUAGCUGUUACUUCACGGGCUAAAUAUUGUUUCACAACACAAACAUUUAUUGAUGAUAAAUACGAAAGCGAGCUGGCAUUUGCUGUACAGAAGAAUUCAUCAAUUUUAAAAAAAAUAUCUUUAGCAAUGUUAAAGUUUAAAGAGAACGGUGAAAUUAACCGAUUGACAAAACAAUGGUUUUACCAACCAGAAUGUCAAUCGUUUGACAAAAACAACCAAACAUUUGGAUUGGAAUAUUUUGGUGGUUUAGUAGUUGUUUUUGCAGUCUCUUUUCUCGUGUGUCUUGGUAUACUUGCAAUUGAGCAUGCUUACAGCUGCAACAUAAACAGUAAAAAUGUUUCCAAAACAAACAGUGAACCUUCCGAAGAUGUGAAGUUUUUAGAGACUAACGUUUAA